AUGGACUCCAGCGCGGGGGAAUAUGGCAUGGCUCGUCUUGGAUUGUUUUUGGUUUUGACCGCGCUGUGGAGAUUCAGCGAUGCUUGCCCCGCAUCCUGCACUUGCAGCAUCUCGAGGAUUGUUUGUAUUGAUUCUGUACCAGGGAUCGAGGAUUUCCCUGUCCUCACGUUAGAUGACAUGGAAAACAUCACCGAGAUUUACAUUUCGAAUCAAAACCGACUGUUCGACAUCAACGACAACAGUUUGAGGCACUACAUCAACCUCAGAAACCUAACAGUGAUGAAGACAAGACUGACGUCGAUAUCAUCAGAUGCAUUUUACAACAACACAAGACUCCAAUAUGUAAAUCUCCGAGACAAUAACCUAUCAACACUGUCAUGGAGAAUAUUCCAGAGCUUUAACACAACAUCCCCGCUCCUGCUGUCCGGUAACCCUCUGGAUUGUGUUUGUGAGAACUUGUGGAUCAAACUGCGGCUCCUCGAAGAAACGGACAGUCCAGAUCUGACAUGCAUAGACGACCGAGGAGCGCCGAGAGCCUUCGCUACGCUCACUCCACCCGACUGUGUGAUUCCCAAAGUAGAGGUCACCCCGAAAACCGUGACGAUGAUGCAGGGGAGUAAUGUCAAAGCUGUGUGCAGCGCCUCGGGCUCCCCUCCUCCUGAGAUCCUGUGGAACCUCGAUUGGCUCUCCACCGACCACGAGAUUGAUCCUUCGGAUACGGAGAGCAGCAUCACCCUGACGGACCUGUCUCCUGACGACAACGACAGGGUGAUCACAUGCAGCGCCGAGAACAUGGUCGGUCAGAGCGAGGCGGCCCUGCAGCUCAACGUCCUCUUUGCCCCCACCGUCCAGCAGCUGCUGGAGCCGGAGCGGGACCACCACUGGUGCAUCCCUUUCAGCGUGACGGGCAACCCCAAGCCCGAGCUGCAGUGGUACCAAGAGAACGUGGCGCUCCUGGAGCACGAGUACAUGCGCACCAGGAUCCACCAGUCCACCAAGAGCGUGUACCACGGCUGCCUGCAGCUGGUCAACCCCACGCACAUCAACAACGGCAUCUACAGGCUGGUGGCCAAGAAUAAGUACGGCCAGGACGAGAAGAAGGUCUCGGCCCGGUUCAUCGACCUGCCGUACAUCAACCACACAGGUGUCUUUUUAGAAAAUUCUCCACUGCCUCCGCUGGAUGACAGUGUUGCAGUGUAUGUUGUCGUGGGAAUAGCAGGUGUGGCCUUGACGGGCUGCGUCCUGAUGGUCAUCAUCCUGAAAUAUGGAAGAAACUCCAAGUUUGGUAUUAAAGGCUCCUCCUCAGUCAUCAGUAAUGACGAUGACUCCGCCAGCCCUCUUCAUCACGUCUCCAAUGGCAACAACACCCCGUCGUCCUCGGAGAUGGGUCCAGACGCGGUGAUCAUCGGGAUGACAAAGAUUCCCGUCAUCGAGAACCCUCAGUACUUCCGUAACUCCGGCAGCAUGCUGAAAUCUGACACGUUUGUCCAGCACAUCAAGAGACACAACAUCGUGCUGAAGCGGGAGCUGGGCGAGGGCGCCUUCGGGAAGGUGUUCCUCGCCGAGUGCUACAACCUGAUGCCGGACCAGGAGAAGCUCCACGUGGCCGUCAAGACUCUGAAAGAGGCCAACGAGAGCGGCCGGGCGGACUUCUACCGCGAGGCCGAGCUGCUCACCAACCUGCAGCACGAUCACAUCGUCACGUUCUACGGCGUGUGCGUGGACAGCGACCCGUUCAUCAUGGUGUUCGAAUACAUGAAACACGGCGACCUGAACAAGUUCCUCAGGUCCCACGGUCCUGAUGCGGUGCUCAUGUCAGACGGCCAGCACAGCAUCCUGGCGGAGCUCACCCAGUCCCAGAUGCUGCACAUCGCCCAACAGAUUGCAGCCGGCAUGGUCUACCUGGCCUCUCAGCACUUCGUCCACAGAGACCUGGCAACCAGGAACUGCCUGGUGGGAGAGAACCUGCUGGUCAAGAUCGGAGACUUCGGCAUGUCCAGAGAUGUUUACAGCACAGACUACUACAGAGUGGGCGGUCAUACGAUGCUGCCGAUCCGCUGGAUGCCUCCAGAGAGCAUCAUGUACCGGCGGUUCACCACAGAGAGUGACGUGUGGAGCCUCGGCGUGGUGCUGUGGGAGAUCUUCACCUACGGCAAGCAGCCGUGGUACCAGCUGUCCAACAAUGAGGUGAUCGAGUGCAUCACCCAGGGCCGCGUGCUGCAGAGGCCCCGCUCCUGUCUCAAAGAGGUGUACGACCUGAUGCUGGGCUGCUGGCAGCGGGAGCCCUACAUGAGGCUGAACAUCAAGGAGAUCCACAGCAUGCUGCAGAGCCUGGCCAAGGCCUCCCCCGUGUACCUGGACAUACUGGGCUGAGGCACCGCUGCUCUUAAGUGACGGAGGCGUGUUUUCAUCAAUGGAAACCAGAAGGCAGACGCAGAGAUGAAUGAGAACACCGGUAAUCAGAAAUACUGACCCGCGGGCUCCUCGGUCCACUUUCACCGCAUCACACCAUCUCCUGUGUUCCAUUUAAAAGGGAAUGAAAGGGGGAAUAACACGUCUCCGUAACGGACAGGACUUUGUAGAUAGAGCUUUUCUCUUCUUUCCACACACAGAGCAACUUAUUCUGCAGGAAGAUGACAAAAACAAAGAAAAAAUACUCGUCAAAUUACAGCGGAAGCUUUUUUCUUUUAUAUUUCACAGGCUAUUUCAUUACGUGUAGAUUUGUAGAAAACUUUUGUGUAUUAUCAGAAACCCGUAUAGAGACCUGAGUCUGUUAUAUUUAUAACUGACUCAAGCCCUUUGGAGGAUCUCCUCACGUAACAUCAGCUUUGAGGUGGUGAAACACAAGGGCAUACUGCAUUCUACACCAUUAUUUUUGUAAUAAUGCCAUCCCAGUUUGUCCUAUUUUCUGUAAAUAUCUAAACACCAGGCCAUCUAUAUUUACAAAUCGGUGUUUCAAACGUUGUUGGAGUGCUCUGCUACAUUUCACGACCUUUAUCAUUUGGUGUAUCUAAAGCACAGAGAAUAAAGGACUCGGCGCUGUUGAGCUAGAA